AUGAGGAGACAAUCGCGGCCACGCCCCCGGCAGAAGCACAAGCGCGGGCGGCCGGCCUGCCGGGCGGCGGCGAUGGACCAGGACCCCGGCGCGGGCUCCACCUUGUCCCGGGUCCCGGCUCGGGCUCUGCCUCCGGACGCCGAGGCGCAGACGCCGGCGGGCACCGACGAGGAGCUCUACGACUGUGUCGACUACUACUACCUGCGUGACUUCCCUGCCUGCGGGGCCGGACGCAGCAAGGGCCGGACACGGCGGGAGCGAGAGCUGCGCACCAACCAGCAGGUCCCCGGCGGCCACGAGCGCCACAUCAUGCAGAAGCAACUGAAUGCGCAGCGCAAGCGGCGCCAGCGCCAGCUGCAGCCCGGGCCGCGCAGUCGCCUCCCCUGA